AUGUCCCCGACGACGCAGGUACAGGCAGACCUCUACCACGGUCCUCAGGAGGGCGAGAUAUAUACCCUAAGGAGUGUAGAGAGUCAGAAGACGCUGUGCCUCCAGACCGACACGACGGAUGUAAGGGCACAGGGGACACAGAAGUCCCAGAAGAAAGUGCAAAGGUGGCGCUUCUUCCGGGCGGGAUCGCGUUGGAUGAUACAAGAGGUGGAGACGGGCCUAUUCCUAGGAGUCGACGAAAGAUCUCUGGAUGCGAAUGUCAUCGUCACGACCUGCGCAACGUCGUGGAUGAUCGUCGUAGACGACGAGGACACCUCAGUCAUCAGACUGGUACUCCCCGAAGCUGGGCAUUGUAUCGCGGUCGAUGAGGACGGGCUGCCGAGGCUGAAGGUCGCGGGUGUAGAGUGCGAUGCGCGCGGCAUCUACAAACACCAAUCUUGGAUCCUCGACAGGCCUUGCGAAGUCUUGCGUAUGGGGGCCGCAGAACACAAUCUGCAAUAUUUCGGGACCACGGGAUUGGUGAGCAGCCUGCUCUGCCUGUCGUCUGCUUGA